AUGGCACAGGUAAGACGACAAUCUACUAAUCCAUCUCCAACACCUAGAAAAAUUCCUCCAGUGCCGGAUGCAGUACGUUUUCGAGCACCAACAUCAAGAAGUACUAGACAGACACGUAGCUUUCAUGUCAAUGGUCAACCUCCACAUCCUGGAUCACCGAUGCGAGCGGUGCAUUCAAAACAAAUCGUCAAUCAUUCACCACCUCGUAUUGCUCAAACAACAUCAGAAAUUGGUGAAUUCCAUAACUCAAAUAAUUCAAAGUAUGAUCCAUCAACUGGUUUAAAUAUUAAUUUCAAUGCUAUUAAUGAAAAUCAUGAAAAGUCAUAUAUUAUCAGUGCAUCAUUCAACUCAUUAAUUCCUCGUGAACGGCAACUACUUCUGUCAGCACCACCACCAUCACCAUCAGAAAGUUUAUAUCUAUUGCAACAAAAAAAGCGUCAACAACAGAGAUCAAAUAAUAAUGACGUCUGUACAGAAGAAUCCGUUGUCAUACCAACACUAAGUGAUGAUGAUGGACUUCCAGUAGUGUCUGUUGACAAAAAUCGUGUGCCUGUUUAUGCACGGUUUCCUUUUGAUGUCAGUUUUCUACCACGACCAAUGGAUACUAAUGUUGAAGAUAAUAUUCAUAAACUUCGUCUUCGUUUAAUUGACUCUGAACUUGAACAUCAACGUCGUAGCACGGAUGAUUAUAUUAAACGAACACGUACGUAUUUUAUUCUUGUUUGCAUUUACAAAAAAAAAGAAAGAAAACAAUUUAUUCUAACAACCAAAGAAAAACUUUUUUCAGAAGAACAACUUUUUCUCUCAUCUUCUAAAUCACCAGAACAUUAUUUACAUGAUAUCAGUUCAUCAAACAAUAUAAUUUUUCAACGAGUUAAACCAAAGAUUUUGAGUCGACAAACAUCAUAUUCACCAUUAUCUAUUGAAAUUCCGGUGCCUAUUGGUAAUUUUUCGAGAUUAUCUCGAGAUCGCAUAGGAAUGGAAAAUAAUCCUCAAGAUCAUUCAGAUAUUGAACGAGAUUUAGAAAUACGACGAAUACAAGAAUCCUUAAAUAGUGGUCGUCAAUCAAAUCAGCCAUUAAUGAUAUCAAAUUAUUCUUAUGACCCUCGAUUACAUUUACAACCUUUAAAUAAUACACUGGAAGAACGUCAAUAUUCAUCUUCUAAUAUGGAUGAUUUAAUCGAUUCAAUGGCUAGACGUCAUUUAGCUUAUCGACGACUUGAUGCAGCUAUUAGUCGUCAAAGACAGAGUCCGGGAGGUUACAAUCCAUAUUUUGAUACUUCAGGAGUUCGACGACAAGCGUCAUUUCGCAGUCAACAGCGAGAUGAUGAUAUAUUUUUCACAAAUACAGAAUCAACAAGUCAUAUUGGACAAGAUUUUAUUCGAGCAAAUUCAAAUAGUUUAAAUCAAAGGCUUCGAUCAGGAGUUGAUUAUUAUAAUCGUAUUCAACCUGAUCUUGAUGAUUUAAGUUCGAAUAAUAUGAUCCGUACGAAUUCCUAUUCGAAAUUACCUCCAAUAUCACCUGGAAUCGAUUCAAAUCGUUUGAGUCGAACUCAAAAUCUAUCAAAUUCAGCUCUUUAUCAAGCUAAACAUAACUCUCAAGGACAUCGAAAUUAUCAACAACGUUUAAAUUUUCCUGAUCAUACUGAACAUUUAAUUGAAUUACCAAGUGAUAUAUUUCUUUCAUCAAGAACAGAAUCAGAUGUAUCUGUAGAUUCCGAAGUAGACCAAUCAGAUGGUGAAAAUAAUUCAUCUAUUGUUAAUCACCAACAUAGUCAAAAUAAACAAAAAUCAGCUAAAAAAUCAGCCAAAAAAUCAGCCAAUGGUCAUCAUGGAUUUUUUACUGAAGGAAAUCCUCCACAACAACAAGAACUAAAAAAAAAUAAAUUUCAUAGACGAUUAUUUCAAAAAGCAGCUAUUGGCAUUUUGUUUAUAAAUAUUCUCAAACAUGGUGCUGCUAAAAGCCGAUUAAAUCGUCCCAGUCAAACAUUAAGUGCAACAAUACAUAAAAUUCGAUUACAAGAAAUCAUGGUUGCAUUACAUCGAGUUUAUCUUGAACCUGAUGGUCCAAUUUAUACUGCACUUAUUCAAGCUGUAAGUAGUUCAAUUGAAUUAAAAGAUGCAUUAGAUACAUCAUCGAAAUAUUAUUCUGAAGCAAUUAAUGUUAUUGGGCAAGCAUUAAAAAAUGUUAUUUCAAAAAUUGUUGAUUUUAUGCCAAAAGAUGGUGUUCUAGGUACAGCUAAAAAUUCAGCUAUAUCAACACUUAUUCAAGAUGGAAAUCCAUUUCCUGACAAUUAUUUUUGGAAAUGUGAAAAAGAUAUUCUUGAAUUUAAUAAAUCAAAAAUUAUAAAUGUAACUAAACAACGAGCAACACUUUUACUUAUCGGUAUUUUUAUUUUUCGAGCACUUGUUACAACAUUACUUAUUAAACCAAUUAAAUAUCGAUUUAUGCUUGGUGAAUUAACAACAAAUCAAGCAGCUAGUCUUAAAGUUCUUGCAUCAGUUAUUUUGUAUGUUGGUCGACGAGCAGUUAAAUCCAUUCCUCAAAUACUCACUUUGCCACAUGAAUGGGAAUCUUCAUUAUAUAGUGAUACAGAUAUUGAACCAAUUAUUCAACAGGCGGAAAUCAAAUCAAUUAUAACAACAUGUGAACUAACAUUACGUGUUUGGUGUGAAGAAUAUAUUCGUCGUAUUGAUGCAAGUUUGGGUAAAGAAUUACGAACAUGA